AUGAAGCUUUUCGCCUUCUUCGCCGCCUUUGCCGUCGCCGACGAGAUCCAGAUCCCCGAGGACGACGUCUGCUACUCCGACGGACAAGAAGUCCCCUGCUCCGGUCUCGCUCGAUCGGGCCGAAAUCCUGGCGGAGCUGACAGAAGCAUCGACUCCGGAGAGCGCCGAUACGCCGAUUUGAAAGCGAUCGCCGCGAAACUCUGGAAACUCAGCGGAAACGUUGGAAAGAACAGAUUUGACGAGCGAAAGUACUGGGCUUACGGAUGCCACUGCUACUUGCUUGGGGACCGACCCCUUUCUGAAAUGGGCACUGGAGCGCCCAAGGAUUCUCUUGACAACAAGUGCAAGGCCUUCAAAGACUGCCAAAAGUGCGUCCGAGAAAAGCACGGUGACCAAUGCAUCGGUGAAUUCAAAAAAUACACCUGGAAGUACGCCGGCAAACGAGGCCGAUUCGAAUCUACCAACGCCGAGGGCUCCUGCGAACGAGAACUCUUCCAGUGCGAUCUUCAAUUCGCCAAGGACACACUCGCUUCCGCCGAGGUCUUCAACGAGGAGUACCACGCCUUCUGGUCCGUCAACGGAUUCGACAACCGAGACCCUGAAAACUGCCCAACCAACGGAGGCAUCCCAGUCGAGCACCAGUGCUGCGGAGGCUACGAUCGAGAAUACCACUGGAUCGGACUCAACAAGAAGAAAUGCUGCCCAGCUUCAGACGGUAUGUCCGGAGUCCCAACUGAUGUCGCUGAAGACUGCUAA